AUGUGGAGAUUUGCAACUCUUGCAGUCAUUCUCCUUUUCUCCCUUCCUAUCCAUGCCGAUUCUGGCAGGGCAAUCCACAAUUUAACACCCUUGGCGUGGGACCAAAAGUUAGCUAAAUACGCUCGCCGGUGGGCCGCCUCACGCCUUGAUGACUGCCAGACAUUGCUACACUCUCCCAAUAGCCCCUACGGGGAGAACUUGUUCUGGGCUCAGAAGAGUCACUGGAAUGCAUCUUGGGUAGUCAAGUAUUGGGGUGAUGAAGUCAAGCAUUACGAUCCAAAGACAAAUGAGUGCGUCAACAACACUGUCUGUGGGCAUUAUACGCAGAUUGUGUGGAAUACGACUGAGCGUAUAGGCUGCACCCAUGUUUUAUGCAAUAAGAACGAAGGUCAUCUAUUUGUUUGCUCCUAUGAUCCUCCGGGGAAUAUUUACUAUCACGGUCCAUUUGGUGGCCGUUUUCCCAAUUCUAUAGUGGAUCCUCCAUCCUCUAAUCAUUCAAGCCCAACACAAUCCGGAAGUCAAUUUGGGACCACCGGCGUGACAGUUGCAAGCAAGGGUAUCGCCUCAGGCACCACUGGGCAUCCAGCUAAUAAGAGCUAUGGACAUUCCUGA